AUGAGUACUUAAAACACAAAUCAGAAAUAAAGUUCAAUUAAUUAAAAUAGUAAAAAGAACUUCAGAGGUUCUUAUAAGAAAAUCAAAUUUUAAGUCAAGCUUGAGAUUUUAGAGAGGCUUAAGUCAAACUAAGAGACCUUGAGCGAGAUUGCAAAGGACUUGAACAUUAAUGUAGAAACAAUUAGAUCGCUUUAUAAAAAAUAAGGCCAUAAAAACUUAUAUUAAGAUCUAGAAGUUUAUAUUGUAUGCAAAUGCCUUCUCUAACAAGAGUUGGCAGGUAAAUAACUUGAAAAAGCUGAAAUAUCGAAGUUUGUUAAAUAAGAAAUUGACAAUCACAAAAACGAUUAAUAACUUUGUCGAAUCUUAAAUGAUAUCUAUAAUAAACGACUUUAAUCCAAAUCAAGAGUAAAAAAAUCAGUUAUCGAAUUUAAUUCAAAAAAUAGAAGAAUAAUUAAGAAAAUUGUAAGUUUUAUAAUUCUAGCCGGGCAACAAGCGGCUAUAAAUAAUACUGAAGUUGAAGAAGUACCCAAGAAAAUUUUAGAGGACUAUUACAAUAAUUUUAUCAUAUCAUUCACCGCUUAUUACCCUGUUUUUUUAGAUAACUAUGAGUUUUCACAACAACCCUUAGAAUAAGAUUCCAGCAUGAAUUGGUUUAAUCAGCAAACAGAGACCAGGCCCUUCGGGGAAAUUAUAUUUGAAUGA